CAGAGCUGAGGCUGAGGAAGUAUCCCGGCGGGGGAAGCUCGGGGAUAUAUUGGUAUUUCUGCUCUGGGACCUGACUUCAACGCCUCAUUGACCUUCACUGAUAUGUCAAUUGCAGUUGUGGGUAGUGAGAGAGAAAAAAACCAAACAUCUUGAGUGUCACAUUUGCCUUCCUAUAGCAGCCUGAGUGCGCCGGCGCGGAUGACCUGACUUUCUCCUCUCAUCUUCACUCAUGCCACAUUUUUCUUAGUAGUUUCUUCCUCAGACCAGAUGUUUCGGGGACGCACAUUGCUGCUGCAGCUGCAGACGCCCUGCCACUGCUCUUUCUCUCAUGCACUGAUGGGCAGGAGCUUGAACUUGAAGUCUCGCUCUUGAAGGCAAAUGCAUUCGCUCCUGGGCCGGGAGAAGAAAGCAGAAGCAGAAGAAGAGGAAGAAGAAGAAGAAGUGGGGUUCGGGAUCUAUCUGGGUCUGUCUCCGGGCUUCCUGCCCCAAGCUGCGAGCAUGUUCAGCUGCGUGGGCUGCUUCUGGGUGCUGCUGUGCUCCGCGCUGCUGGCCGUCUGCAGCUUCAGCUUCAUCUCCCCCGCCUGGAUCGUGAAGGAGCAUCACCCAGGCAGCGGACACGACUCCGUCAGCUUCGGCUUGCUGUGGCACUGCUCCGAGUCCCUGGACCACAUGUACCGCUGCUACACCUUCCGAGGGCUGGCCAGGUUCGCAGAGAUCCCCUCCAGCUCCUGGCAGACCAGCGCGGUGCUGUGCUCAGGAGGCUGUGCUCUGCUGGCGGUCAGCUCCUUGUUGGCCAUCAUCACUGUCUUCCUGCCCAGUGGAGGAUGUGAGAGGAGGAUCUGCACCCUGGCUGGAUACAUGCAGAUGGCUUCAGUGUUCAUCAUGGCUACCGGACUGCUGGUCUACCCCUUCGGCCUUAACUCUUCGCUGGUCCGGUCCUUCUGCGGAGACUCUGACAUCUUCUACGCCGGCGAGUGCCAGAUCGGCUGGGGCUACAUGCUGGCCAUCGUCGGAGUCAUGCUGACCGUCUUCUUGCCCUUUUUUGCCAAAUAUGCACCGAAGGAGCAGCUGUCCCCCACCCCUUUGCCCACUCUGUUAUAGUUAUGUCUUCUUUUUAUUCCCCCUAUUCCCCAUUCUCCGGGACAGGCCUGAUGUCCUUGGAAAGACAUGCAUCUCAGUCAAAAGAGCAAUGCUACUGAGGAAGCUCCACUCAGUGAUGACCAAUGGCUGACACUGGAACAGCGAACAGUCUUCCUGCAUCAUGAAUUCAUUUGGAAAGAAUGUGGGGUUGUUUUUUUUGUUACAAUAAUACAAUAAUGUGAUUAUUUUUUCGCAGUUUGACAUUGGUCUUUUCUCCACGUCUGUUUUGAAGAUGAUGCAGUGAGAAGAAAAAUUACACAGACAUAAGAACUGGCUAAAAAUGGACAUUUCUGUUAAACUAGUCGACAUAUGUAACAUUCCAAGAAGAGACUGGAAUAUUUCAGUGAGUCGAGUGGAAGCAUGACCGUCGGAGGCACCGUGGAUCCAGGUAUCAGCUACUGUCUGGUCUUCAAGAAAACCAGACAAGAGAGGCAAAAGAAACAGGAUUGAGGACUGUGGAAACGUGUGUAACUGACUCACGUGGGACCGCAUUUACAGUACGACGAACUGUGCAGAGAUCUCUGCGCGAUCAGUGUGGUCCGGAUUGAACAGUGGCGCAUUGAACUUUCAAAGUAACACACUGAUAUAGGAAUUGUGAUGGAGGAAGGUUUGUUUUUCUUCAGGCUUCUUUUGCCCUCCAGACUUGUGACCUGGCUUUGAACCGAUGGGAAUCAAGCAUUAAGCUUUCAAAGACACUGGUUUUACUAACUGUCACAAAAAGUGGACUACGGAAUAUCUGAUAUUUCAAGAGGACAAACUGAAAAUCAGCCUCUUCUCUUACAAGGUGAAUGAUAGUAGUUAUUCCAGGCAAGUGUCAUUUUAAAAUAGAAAAUUAAAAAAAAUAAUAAUAAUAAAAUAAAGUUGGGAUCUGUUUGUUUACCCUUUCCCAAAUUUGUUUGUGUAAUGUACUUUGCUUGUUUUUUCUGUCUACAACACACAAUACUAAACACUGUUAUUCAGGAAAAAAAAUGGUUGCAAAAGGCAGGGAGAUGUAGGAAUUUUGUCCAAAAUGCAUGAUAAACUUGGGCUUUGCUAACAGUAAAACAGUUGCUCUAAAUUCAAACGUGAUCUGACCAACGUGUGCCUUUUUCAAAGUAACCAAGACGAGUGUUUAAUACAGUUAUCAGGUAAGCAUUGUUUUCUGCAGACAAACUGAGGAUGCCGCCGUGUGAUGUGAUGGGUUUUUUUUUGUCUUUUCUCCUAUGUUUUUCCCUCCUGUUGGUAAAAUGUUUCCUCUGUACUUGAUGCAGUACGAUCUCAUUAACUUGAGAUCUUCUGGAGGGGAAAAAAAUAGCUACAUCUUCAAACCUCUGGAGAUAAUAACAGUGGAAAAGAGUGUACAUGUGUUCAAUAAUGCCCUGGGAGACUUUUGCUAAUUAUCCUAAAGAGGUGGAGCACUCCCUCUAUUAAAAAGUUGUGACAUGCAGUUAAUGGGUUAAUUGCUGGUAUCUUUGCUUGAUGUGUGGUGAAG